GAUGACUGGAAAUACUCUCUCUUUCUCACACACACACACUCCCCCCCUACACAACCACCCACCCUACACACUCUGACAUCUCUUCUCUCCUCCUGGGUCAGUCGGUCAGGGUACAGUAGGAUGACUGGUAAGACUCCCACCAGCAACGUGACCAACAAGAAUGAUCCACGCUCCCUCAACUCCAGAGUCUUCAUCGGCAACCUCAACACGGCGGCGGUAACCAAGGCCGACAUCGAGGCCCUCUUCGCCAAGUACGGCAGGAUCGUGGGUUGCUCCGUCCACAAGGGCUUUGCCUUCGUCCAGUAUGGCAGCGAGAGGAACGCGCGAGUGGCUGUAGCAAGGGAGAACGCCAGGGUCAUCGCUGGACAGCCCUUGGACAUCAACAUGGCAGGAGAACCAAGACCCUACAGGCCACAGGUGGUGGGCUCCAAGAGGCCCCUCUCCUCUCUCUACAGUGGCUAUGAGUUUGACUACGACUAUUACAGAGAGGAUUUCUACAGCAGAUUAUUUGAUUAUCAUGGACGCAUGGUGGAGCCCCCCAUCCGAUCGCCGAUACCGGCCAAACGCUCUCGUGUCGUGGUCCCGUCCCUGCGGCGAAUCAAAUCUUCCUUGCCGGUCAGGACCUACUCUGACUCCUUUUCUUCUUCCAGACCUCUUCCUCCGUCCUCGCCUCUACCUCUCACUUCUGGGUCUUCAGCUGCAGGAUCUAUGUUAAAGACCGACCAGUUGGUAACCAUCAAACAGGAGCUGUCCCAGAUCAAGACCAAGAUCGACUCUCUACUGGGGCGUCUGGAGAGAAUUGAGAGACAGCAUCGCACAGAGGCAGCAGCCCAGAGGAAACAGGGAGGAGAGUAUAAGUGUCUCCGUGCCAAGACAGCGGACCUCUCCGGAGACUUGGAGGCGGGAGAGAUGACAGAUGAAGCCAACGAGGAUGUCUUUGACGAUGAAGGCACUAACGAUAUGAUAGAAAAUCACUUAUCAGACAUUGACAAUUGAGAGAGGUCAGUUAUUACUCAGGGAGGUAAAAAUGAAGCCUCAUUGGUGGUUUGAAGAAUCAAUAGACAACAUCAGGACCUGAAUGACCAGUCAAUGACCUGAUCAAUGGAAAAAAGGAAAAGACUCUCAGAGAGAAAGACUCAUGGACCAGUGUGCUUGUUUGCCCAUCAAGACACAACACUGUGUGCGUAUUGAUGCGGUACUACAAUGUUGUACUUUAAUUUCAUACAAUACAUGUACCAGACUACUGUAUUUUAUUCUAGUCAUCUAAGAAAUGAGUUCAUGCAGGGUGUGAAAAAAAGAGUUGCUCUCAUUGAGUGUGGCUUACAUGCACACAAUAAUGUGAUUGUGGAUAGUCAGAUUAAUAUAAUAGUUCAAUUAAAACAUUUACAUGCUUUGCAAGAGGAACGAUUUCUCUAAUAAUCCUGUUUACAUGGACACGUGAAAAUCAGGCUACCGAAAAUCGGCAAAUCAAAAUAAAUGUUCUAGUAAGAAUAUUUGAUUCUGAGUUUGGACAUUUAAAGUUUAUAUUUGAGAACUACUUCUACUGCGCAUACAUUCAGUAGUUCCUCAACUCACUUCACCUGUGCUUAAUAGGGAGGCUCGCUUGGCUGGUUCUAGAAAAUGUGCAUAUCAAAUACACCGCAGGAACGCCGUUUAAGGUGCUUACGUGUUCUAAUAAAUCUAAAGAUUGCUCAGAAAAACCAGGUGUUUUUAAUUGGCAUAUGCUUACUUUUAUUUUGACCUUACACCGAUUAAGAUAAGCAGAGUAAGGUGGUUACAUGACUAUUGUAUAAUCUGUCUACUGUCAUAAAUCCGUUUGAUAUCGAAUUAUUAGUGUGCAUGUAAACAUACUCAUUGUUCUCAGACUAAUAGUUCUGGUUUCAAGGUAUUAUCGUCUAAAACGUGAAUGGCAAAAUUCAGAAGAAAUGUUUUGUUGGAAUUGUGACUUUGCAUUUUAAUUUAUUUGUUGAAACUGGUUUAUGGCCACCUAUGAAAUGGGUUUGGGGACAAGACAAAAAGGUUUUAGAAAUUAGUCUCGCAGGGAGCAGUUUUCAGAUGUUUUUUGAAAAUGGUAGACCACAAAAUUCUGCCAUUUUCUUAAUAUUGGCACUAAAAUGUGUGUUAUUUAAUAAACUACAGUACCAGUCAAAAGUUGACACU